AUGGAGUUCAAGCACCUAUGCCUGGUAAGGUUCAAGGAGGGCGUGGUGGUGGACGACAUCAUUGAGGAGCUCACCAAGCUUGCCGGGGAGCUCGACACCGUCAAAUUCUUCGGGUGGGGAAAAGACGUGUUGAACCAGGAGGUGCUCACGCAUGGCUUCACCCACGUAUUCUCCAUGAGCUUCGCCAGCGCCGAGGACCUGGUGGCGUGCAUGGGCCACGAGAAGCACUCUGCUUUCGCCUGCCACGCUGGCCACACCGACAACAGCGAGGCAGUUUUUGGUUCCUCAUCAAGCAGCAGCCGCCGCCCCCUAGAAGUUCAGAAUUCUAAUGGCGACGUCCAACUUCAGCGAGUAGCACAUCACGACCACGGCUCCCGGUAUCCUCUCUGUGAACUUGUUUUUACCUUUCAGAAGUCCAUGUUAUUCCCCCGAGCGAACGUGCACCCUCAAGGCCUCAACUCUGUAGUGCCUAAGAAGCCACAUGGGUAA